GACGGCAGGAGGUUAAGUGCCUACCUAGGUACACUGUGCCUGCCUGCCUGUCCUGUGGUGGGGCGGGCGCAUUUCGGCUCUGGCUGUCUGGACUCUGGACAGUCACGUCCACCACGUCCACCACGUCCACUACACCUCCCAUUGACCCCAAUUAGCUCGUUCCCCACAACAAACAGCCCCCGACCCCAUCGCCAAUCUUAGGGCCAGGACCAGACACGAACGGCAACCACUAACCACUGCUGCAACAACAACAAGACCUUCAGGAUCAACAAUACCAACCCCUCUCUCAGCAGAAAUCUGGCACCCAAACUCAUCCUCACACACGCCAUCACGCCAUCACGCCCCGCGCCAACACCCCAAUCCCCUAGCGACAACGCACGGGCAGCCUCGACCCCGUCCGACCCCGACGCCGACGCCGACGCCGACGCCGUCGCCUAGACCAACCACACCGACAACCCCCUGGCCGACUCCCUCACCAUCCGACAAGAUGCUGCCAACACGAUGAGGAAUUUACACACCUCCCGAUCCUCCUCUUCCAAAGAGCCCGCCUCGUCCUCAGGCAGGAUGCCCUACGACCGCUCCUCCACCGCCACACCAUCGUCCUCGACCACCUCCUCGCGCCAUCCUCCACCCCUCCACACCCCUUCCCUUGCAAAACGCCUGCCCGUCACCCCCAAGCUCGCCGGCAAACCAGCUCCCACCUCGGCCGCCUCCGCCUCCGCCUCCACCUCACAGCGACAGACCGUCACGCUUGCCACUCCUGUUCCCCGGAGGUCUGCUCGCCCCUCGUCUGUCGUCAGCCAUGCCAGCCAUGCCAGCCAUGCCACGACCACCGCCCUCCAGAGCAGCGCCACCCCGAGGUCUGGCUCCCGCCAGAGUCGCGUUACAAGUGCCAAUGCGUCGCCCUCCCCGGCAGACGCCGCCGCUGCCGAUCACUGGGAGACGAGGUCAGGCCUGGGCAUCUCGGGCACUGCUCUCGACUCCGAUGCUGGCACGGCGUCUCUGCAGAGGGGUGACCCGGCCGUCGCCCAGCGCGACUCAAAGUUCUUCUAUGCCAGCGAUGCCUCCAGAACCGCCCAGGCCGCUGCUCCUGGUCCCAGGCCCACGCCACCACAAAAGGGCCCGACCUUCUUUUAUGCCAAUGGCAACAAUCUGCCCCCCAGGCCUACUCCGCCCACCUCCGCCCCCUCCGCGCCCUUCUCGCCGCCGCUCGCCUCCACCGCCCCAGACUCCUCGGCCGUCAAGUUCAUGUACGCCAAUGGCUCUCCCGACCUCCAGCCCAGCUUGAUGAAGUCCGGACCUGGCUCCGCCCACUCCGCCCACUCCGCCCACUCCGUCAACCCCAGGGUGCCUGCCAGCAAGCACCCUGCUGGCCCGCAGUCACCAGCUCCGUCAUCACAGAGGAUGCCUUCACCGGCCAAGGCCACAGGCUACCCUCCUCCUCCCCCGCCGCCUCCGCCCCAGCCCCAGCCCCCGCUCCUGUCCCAGUCCUUGGCCGGCCCUUCGAUAGCGGAAAGGCGCAGCAUGCUCGCGUCCACGCCUCAGCUCGGCCGGGCCAACUCGAACGAUCUGAGGCGGGUCAGUGCAGAGGCUCCUCCCAGGACGACGUCCGGGCACUCGCGCUCUGGGAGCCUGGUGGCAGAUGCUCAACCUGUAACGCGGGCCGUGGCUUCGAGCCCGCCCGCCAGCUCGCCUUUGCCGUCGCCCUUGACCUUCUCAAACCCGGCAAUCUCCAUGGCGUCUGUGCUCGAGGCCGCCGAUGAGCUGGUCGGCAGUCAGGAUGAAAGCGACUCCGUGGUCUCGGGCCUGGCAAGCCCAAGGUCGGCCAGUGGCAACGACCCACUCAAUGAGCUGGUUGCCAACGCGAGGAGGGAGCGGAAGGUACAAGACCUGCAAAUAACGAAUGCGUCCCUGGAAGCUAUCAACCGGACGCUAGAACGGCAGCUGCGGAAACAGACCAACGAGCUGCGGCGCUACAAGCGGAUGACGAGGGCCGGUCGGCUCUCGUCCGCCAACACUGCCGCCUCGUCCCGCAUCCCCUCGACCUCCACGGCCAGUGAGGCCCCGGAAGGCCCCCUAAACAAACUCGGCCUGCCAGAUCUGAGCGAGGAGGAUUCUGGGACGGAGCCCGACGACGAGUCGCUAGGCGACUCGGAGUUGUCAGAGUCGGACUCUGGAGGGUCUGGGCACAGGAGCCCCGGCACGAUUGCGAUGAGAGACGCCCAGCACAGGAAGCGCGACGAGAAACGCCUCCAGGUCGACCUCUCGAAGCAUCAGCAGCUGCUCGUCGACAGCCAGAGGAUGAACCAAAGCCUCAAGAGGUGUCUCGGGUGGACCGAGGAGCUCAUCCGCGAGGGAAGGAGGGCCCUGGACUAUCAGGUCAGGGUCAGCGAGUUUGACGUCGACGGCCGUGUAUUACCCGAGGACGGCGAGCAGCCGUACGUCUACGACGGGGCGCAACUAUGGGACCACCCGGCCAACCACAGCCGUGGUAGUAGUGACAGCGAGGAUGGCCACUCAGACGAUGAUGCCGGCCGGGACCCUGACGAGACUAUGAAGCUGCGCAUAGAACGGCUGCGGCCUGCAGAACAAGGGACUGGUGGUAAAAGCACCCAGGAUAGAGAUAGUGGCAUAGUGCUGUCGGGCGACGGGGGUUGACGUUGGAUAGGUGACAGGAGCAACAGGAUUAGAUGGGGGGUUGUUGAUGCACUCUGCUCUUGUGGUUCUCUGUUUUCGUUUUUGUCUUCAUCGAUCACGAUGAACAACAAAUCACCACUCUUGGCUGUCGCCUGUUUCCUUUUCGUCAGUGGGCCCGGAUGCUUGUUUGUCGCGUCUGCCGUGUUCAACACGGGGACAAGUCUCGCGUUUGGCUUUUUGACUUUUGUUUUGCAACUCGGCGUUUUGAGAUUUCCGGCAGGGGCAAGAUGGUCCUGGGCUGGGUUCAGGCUUUCUGCACCCAUUUCUCUUACACGGUACCCUUAUGCGGGCUCCCUGUGCUUUCUUGGGGUUUUUUUUCUUUUUCUUUUUUUUUUUUUCCUUGUCUUUCUGGUGGUUUGAAUUUCCUCGAUUGACCAGUCACCUUGACGCCAUUUCUUUUGUAUUGUACCAUCACAGAUACCCCAAAGCAUCACACGGAUUUGGAGAGAAGAAGAGUAUCAGUGGAACUGGAAGGUACUCCAGCUUUGUUGAUACCCAACCUAGCACAAGGGAGAUGGACAAGACUGGGGAACGGUUGGCAGAUACUAUAGAAACGACAAGGGAAACGGGAAGUACCAAGGAGAGAGGUUCAAGCGAAGCCCGGGAAUGGGGCACACCAGGGCCUGACUGUGUAUGAAUAUUGCUCACUAGUCCUGCAUCAACGGCAUAUCUUGCCCAUACUGAGAGUGUU